CGUCUCUGCGCGUCGCCAAAACACUCUGCGCAAACCACAAAAGCCUCUCCUUCAUCGACAUCGACAUCGACAUGCAAGGCAUCUGCGCUGGGUAUUAGCAGUGCCAUCGCGUCCACUCCCUCGACAUUUCUCCUUCACGUGUUGGAGCGCGUCCAACAGCAAAACAGCUGUGAAGCUCUCCGUUCGCAGCCACCGCUGUCGACACCUGAUACAAGAGGUGGUUGGUCAUUACUAGCGGUCACACGUCGACAUGUCGUUCAGCUUUGGGAAUUUGGGAGGCGGAGAGAAGAAGACGGGCACGCUAUUUGGAAGCACAACGGCGCCAGCUGGGGGGCUGUUUGGGCAGUCGCAGCAACAACAACAACCACAGCAGACGGGCUCACAACCCUCUCUUUUUGGCUCGUCGGUCGCCCCACAGCAACAGAACAGCGGGUUUGGCGGUGCGCAACAGCAGAACACAGGCUCGAGCUUGUUCGGCCAGCCCCAGCAGCAGCAACAGCAGCAGCCCAAUGCUGGCGGGAGUCUGUUUGGGCAACCUCAACAACAACAGCAACAGCAGCAACAGCAGCAGCAGCAGCAGCAGCAGCAACAGCAACAACAGCCGAACUUUAGCAACAGCCUGUUCGGAUCGUCGCUGCAGCCAGCGCCCAUAUUGAACCCCGUCCAGGCGCAGAGCAUCCAGCAACAGCGCGAAGGGCUCCCGCAACUGCGACAAUCCUCGGCUGCACCUUAUGCAGGUUCAUCGGCAAGCGGCCACCGAGAGAAGUCGGUCGUCGAGCAGAUACGGGUCCUAAACAACAAAUGGGAUCCCCAGAACCCAGAGUGCGUCUUCCAGCACUACUUCUACAACGCCGUCAAACCCGAAGAAGCCCCCUUCUACGGGCCCUCCCCCGGCGAAGACGAGCGGAAAUGGGAAGAAGCCCUAUCCAAAAAGCCCAGCGCAGGCGCCAUACCCGUCCUCGCCCGCGGCUUCGAACAAGUCGCCGAACGCAUCCGCCAACAGCAGCUCGCCGUCACCGCGCUCCGCACCCGCCUCCACGAAAUCAACAACUGCCUCUCCGUGCUCAAAGACACGCACGAGCUAAACGUCGCCUCGCGCAUCACAGAAGCCAAGCGCAAACACGUCGUCUUCACCCAGCGCACCCUCGCCCUCGCUACAAAAGUCCAGAUCCUGCGCAACCGCGGCUACGUCAUGGACCAGCAGGAGGAAGAGUUGAAGAAGAAACUCUUCGACCUUGAGAAGAAAACUUUCGACCCUGUUCUUGGCGGCCGCCAGGAGGAGAUCUGGGCUCGCAUGUCGGGUGUGCGUGAGCGUGCGCGUAUCCUGCAGGACGAGACGGAGAAACUGGGCAAGACGCUGGAGAAACAGCAGAAUGGGGAACUGCUCUCGGAAGAUGAUCAGAAGGCGCUGGAUAAGCUUCUGAGAGACUAUGAUAGGCAGCUCAGUCAUUUGUCUAAGUGGAUCGAUGAUACGAAGCAGGAGUAUGAUGAGUGGGAGACGGCUAAGGAGCAGAGGCCUGCUAAGCGGUGAGAGUGCGAUAUGUAAAUGAAACGAUUCUGGAUGUUUGGGGCAGGUUGGAACGUUGGCGUCGAGGGAUACCAGAGCGAGCGAGCGCGUACAAGAGGGGGUGGAGAGUAAUUUAUGCAUGGCUUGGAUCUUUGACGUUUUGCGUUAUCUAUGUGUUGGACAUGACGGUACUUGGUGAUGAUACUGAUAUUUCGUAUCGAUACAGACAGACAGACUGCGCUCAGGUUUUGAGUGCCCUCCACAAUCCGCCCUCGAACAAGGGGUAU